GCGGACUGGUUCGUUCGCCGCGUCGUUGGGUUAAACGUUGCCGCUCCGUCGCUCGCUACAAGCUAGCCCGCUGCUAGCAUGAGAGCUCCUCCACUGACGUUUCAUUUUUAACCCCCCGCCACGUUUACGUUUACUUCUACUUUUAAUCCACCUCAAGUUAGCUUUCUACCGCAUGGGCGAAUUUCAGAAUGUCAUUGUUUUUUUGUUGUUUCUUUUUUCCUUUGCUGUAACCGAACACCUGCUCCGCAGCGCGCGCAGGCUCCCGAUGGUCCGGACUCGCUUCCAGUCGCAGAACCACAGAAAGGCUGAUCGCCAAUGAUGGACGGGUUUGCAGGGGACAUGCUGAGCGGCGGCCGGGCCCUGAUCGGCGAGGACAGCUCGGUCAUGGCCCGCAUGCAGAAGAAGUUCUGGAAGACCAAGCAGGUCCUCAUCAAAGCCACGGGCAAGAAGGAGGACGAGUACGUGGUGGCAUCCGACGCCGAACUGGACUCCAAGCUCGAGUUCUUCCGCUCGGUUCAGUUGACGUGCACGGAGCUGUUGAAGGUGAUCGAGAAGUACCAGCACAGGAUCACACGCCUGUCUCAGGAGGAGAACGAGUUUGGCCUGUUCCUGCGCUUCCAGGCCGAACGCGACCGCACGAAGGCGGGCAACAUGAUGGACGCCACCAGCGCGGCCCUGUGCGCCUCCGCCAAGCAGAGGAUGGCGCUCCGCCCGCCUCUGCACCGCCUGCACCAGGAAGUGGAGACGUUCCGGCGGCGCGCCAUCGCCGACACGCUGCUCACCGUGGGCCGCAUGGAGAAAGCGCGCACCGAGUACCGGGGGGCGCUGCUCUGGAUGAAGGACGUCUCCCAGGAGCUGGACCCGGACACCUACAAGCAGCUGGAGAAGUUCCGCAAGGUCCAGUCGCAGGUCCGCGGGACCAAGGGCCAGUUUGAGAAGCUGAAGAACGACGUGUGUCAGAAGGUGGACAUGCUGGGAGCGAGCCGCUGCAACAUGCUCUCCCACUCCCUCUGCACCUACCAGACCACUCUGCUGCACUUCUGGGAGAAGACGGCCCGCGCCAUGUCGGGCAUCCGAGAGGCCUUCCAAGGUCACGUCCCGUACCAGUUCACCACACUUAAGGACCUGCGGGACCCGCUGGAGGAACUGACGGAAGCGCAGCAACGAGUGGAGAAGAAGACAACGAAGGAGGAGGUGCUUCAGAGCCACACAGACAGUCUGGUGUCCUUGGAUGACGACAACAAGCCACCAGGAAGUGCCUCUGGCGCAGCCCCCGCCGGUGUAAACAGUGCGGCCUUUACGACCCUUUUGACCUCAGCGCUCCGUAACGCCGGCGCACCGGCUGUGGACCGCAGUGACCUCGCGGGACCGCCGGACGACGACCGGAUGCUCAUGGCCAGUGACCCGCCCCCCCCUCCUCAGGGCGGAGACUCACAGGAGCUGUGGGGCUUUGGGGGCCUCCAGUCCGGCUCGCCGCAACUGCCUGCCUCCGGUGGGGAUCUGCUUUCAGGUGCGGGACCGGAGGAGGGUGAGCGGGGUGACAUUGCCUUCCUCGGGGACCUCCUCAGCGCCGGCCCGGGGGGCGGCGACGAAUUCAGCAGAAAGUGGCAGGACGCCUUCGGGCUGUUCGAUCCCCCCAGCGUCCCGCCACCGAGCGAGGGGGUGGCGGGCGGAGGCGAGACGGUGGCUGCCUGUCUGCCCUCAAACCCCCCCAGCCCCACCGGCUUCCUGCCCUCCCAGCUGCUGGAUCACAGUCUGAGCGCCACAGGCUGGUCAACCCCGCCCAUGUUCCAGGCUCCGCCCCUUCAGCCUCCUCCCGGGCAGAGCCAAUUGGCUCAGCCGGUCGCAAGUGUGGCAGCCAAUGCGGCUCCGGCGGGAUCCAAGGACAUGUCUGCCUGGUUCAACCUGUUCGCGGACCUGGACCCCCUCUCCAACCCCGACGCCAUCGGACGCUCCCCGGACGAGCUCCUCAACGCCUAGAGGAGGGCGUGAAUGUAUUUGUGUUUGCGCGUGUGUGUGUGUGUGUGUGCGUGUGCGUGUUAUUUCUUACACAGGUUCUGGAUGUCAGAAACCGAGUCAAAGAACACACACAGAGACAGUGAUGCGCACACACACACACACACACGUUACCAGGAGACGUGUGUACCUACACACGCGUGUUACACUGGAAUGCGUUGUGUUGCUGUACACUGGAGAGCGGCGUGCUGUGGGGUCAGUGGGUCAGUGACUGAACUCCCCCGACUCUUGUUUCCUUUCAGUAAUCACAGCAAACGCUCCGGGGUCCAAGUUAAUUUAGCGCGUUUUUGCUUUUUUUUUGUUUUUGUGUUGCUCGGGGUGUGUGUCUGUUUGCCGUGUGCGUUGUUCGGGGUGUGUGUCUGUUUGCCGUGUGCACAUAUCUGAGUGGACUGAAGAUGUAAAGUCUAUUUACUUCAACAUGGUAGCAGAUGAUCUAUACAUGUAUGAUAUAUUGUAUGAAUGGCAGGUUGCAGCAAGUAUUGAAUGUUGUUUGUAUGAGGUACUUGUAUACAGUCUGUGUAUUAUUUAUGGUUGAGGACAUCCGCUUAAGUGUGCGCUAAAUUCAGAGUAUAUAUUACCGCUACUUUUCCUUUCUCUCUUCAAAGCUAAUUCUAAGGGUGCUAACUCUAUGUUAGCAUACGCUAUAGAUUCUGGUCAACUUCUGCUUCUAUAAGUUUGUUAAUUUGGUUCUUGUGUGACAAAACAAACGGUUCCUCAACGGAGUGUGGAGGCUCUGAACGACUGCUUCAACUUCACGUCAGAAAAUAUUUUAACUGUAGCGUGCACGUGAACUUAAUCAUUUAGACCACAUUUAGCUGCUGCACCGUCCACAACAAGGGAACCCUGUAGAAGUACCUCCUACAAAAACAUCCAAACUAAGUCUUUUCUUCUGCUGUCAUAAUGCGCACCCUUUUUUAAACUGUUUAACGUUACCAUGGAGUCGAUCACCGCGGUAACCGUUGCUCAGCUGGGCCCACUGUAAUGAUUGACGUGAACACUCCGCCUCUUUGCUGAAUACUGUGACGCUCUAUUGAUCUCCCUUUGGGGGGGCGAGGGGGGGUCCAAAGGCCUGACCUGGAGUCAGAUCACUGGGAAACGCACUCACAUCCCGCAUUCUGAAUGAAGUCGAGUACUAAAGCUGAGAAAAUGUGUGCAGGUUAAAAUAUUUAUUUUGUAGUUUCCUCCCUAAGGAAGUUUUAAAGUAGGACACAGGAUCGUUUUGGGUCGGGUGGGUUAAACAAGUCCUAGAAAUCUGCAAAUAGCUGCAUCAAACUAUUUGUUUUUUCUGACAAAGUAACACUAAACUGGUAAACCACUCCUUGUUUUUUAACUGCGUUAUCUAUUGGUUGGAAUUAACAGAUGGACUUUUUGAAAUCUGUUUCAUGGGGGAAGAAUCAACACUGGAGAGCUGUUACCGCGUCAUGGAAUGGAUUUGCUACACUUUAUGAAUGUCUCCAAAGUGAAGACUUGUCUGGUUACUACGAUCAGAUGAUUGUGUGAAACCAGGUCUGUUGAGAUGUGAGCACCUUGUGUACCGAGUCCAAAUCCUUAGUUUCAGUGGUCUGCCUGUGGAAAUGUCACUCAAGGGGGGUAAAGGUGCUCGAGGUGCAUCAUCGGAAAGAAAAUAUAAACAGCAACUCUGAAUAAACACUUUUUUAUACAUGCUGCAUAUUAAUAUCUGCUUUUUUGGCGGGGAAAUAGACCCCUACCACACAAAUGUGCUUUUUGUUUUUAAUGUCACAUGAGGGAAAACUACUGUACUGAACUGCUCUACUCUUGAAUACACACUUCAACAGCUACAAAAAAGAAUGUAUUUAUCGAGUCAAUCACAAAUGCUUUAUUUAAUUCAACUAUGCCUUUUUAUUUCACUCAAGCGGUUUAACAGAUGAAAACUUGGCAGUUGUGUUUCCAAUAAACUGGACAAGCAAACAAGGAA